AUGGAUGAGAAGACUACAGCGCUACUUAAUGAGGGCACUUUGAACAUAAUGAUCCGAGUCGAAGAUGAUGUAGACGCGAUGUGUGCGCCGGCCGCCGCGGCGCUGUUGCUCGCCGCACUAGCUGCAUUGCCUUGCAGAGGCACCGACGCUGAUGUUGCGUCAAGGAUAUUAAACGAGACCAACAAUUUUCAAGAGACCGGCUCCCAACCAACGAUAAACAAACUUUAUCAAAUGUUACACACUAACUCUGACCUACAUAAUCAAACCAAACUUGGCGAAAACUUUAAUUACUCUAGUGUUAAUCUUACACAUAGUUUUAACUUAUACAACAAUCUUGAGUAUCCUACGAGUAUUGAUAACAAUCGAAUUGAGUGCUGCGUGAAUGCUGACGAGGGAAGUAAGAGCAAUGCUAGUUUAUCAAAUGAGGGUGCUACAGUAAUUGUAAAUAAUGUGAACGGUGUAGAGGAUGAUAGUAAGAAGAAUAGAAAAAGACGGGUUGUGAAUGUAGUAAGGACAUUCAUAGAAGUUACUACAAGUGACACGAGGCGGUACAUUGAAGCAACUGCAAUGUCUCUGCAGUCAAGUCACUCGCCAGCGACAGUGGACAGGCGACGGAAGCCUGGCGAGACGGGGUCUAGUGCUCCACUUUUAAAUUACAUAUUUGAUACAUACUCAAAUACACACCAACACAGGAAUGAAAAGGUCGGGAAUGGGAACAGUAUUUAUGCGGCUGCCGCUCCUGAGAUUGAAGCUUUGGUUGGGUCCACUGCUCAUUUAGACUGCAAAGUGGAUGCUCUUCAUGAUAAAUUGGUAUCUUGGGUGCGGCGGAAAAACGAUGAAGAGCCAAUGGAGUUACUAACAACGGGUACCCAACAGUACACUGCGGACGACAGGUACUCAGCUCGCUUCAUCCCGCCAGAUAUCUGGAGACUGGAAGUCAGAGAGGUCCGUCCAAGUGACGCAGCGCACUACGACUGCCAAUUGUCUGCUCAUCCACCACGUACAGCAAGAGUCACUCUUCGAGUGCCAGAAGUAUCAGUCCGUAUUGUGGAUGGCGCCGGUGCAUCGGUUUCGGAGCAAGUUUGUGAAGUUGGCAGCACUGUCGCUUUACGGUGCGAAGUGAAUGGUCUCAAGAUGGAAGGUGGUCCGUCCCUUCUUUGGUAUAGGAAGGAUGACUUACUCAAUGAUGAUACCACUAGAGGUGGAAUUAGUGUCCGGACUGAGUUCGGAUCAAACGGAGCGAACUCAAUACUGCGAGUUGCGCGCGUGCGCGGUGAUGACGCGGGGCGAUACACAUGCGCCAUCGCACGAGCCCCGCCCCCAACGCCGCCGCCUGCGCAUGUCAUACUGCAUGUCAUUAAAGGUGAAAGCCUUGCGGAAUUACAUCAAGGAGGAAGCUCAUCGCUCGCCUCCUCAUCAUGGCUGUCAAUAACGGCGCUGUGCGUCAUUUUACAAGUCUACUUUGUCUAA